CUUAAAAAAAAAAAUAUGAAAAAAAAAAAAAACAAAGAGUGGCCUUAGCGGUAACCGCAGGCGCCGAUGCUAGGGAUAAAAGGAAGGAGCAUACUUUGGUUUGGUUUCAGAGUUUUCUCCAACGACAAGUCAUAGUGUCGCAGACCACAACACACGAAAAAAUCGAUUUCUAAUGGCGAAGGACAGUUGUCUCGCUCGUGUCACCAUCGGCGUUGCCGUCGGCGGCGCUGUUGGCGGCGCCGUUGGUGCCGUGUAUGGAACAUAUGAGGCUAUUAGGUAUAAGGUACCUGGACUUUUGAAAAUUAGGCAUAUUGGACAAACUACACUUGGAAGUGCUGCUGUUUUUGGUCUUUUCUUGGGUGCUGGAAGCUUGAUACAUUGUGGGAAAUCAUACUGAGCUCUUAAAGACUUGUCUUUCUCCCUACUUGCAGAGGUUUGCUUGCUGCCCUUGUAAAGUAUGAGUAGAUCAGGGAUUUACAUUUUAUUUUUUUAUGUUCUGGGUCUUGGAAAAGGUUCAAUGGCACUGCUCCUGUAGUAUGAAAGUACUCAUUUAUUUCUCCCUGUGGAUAGUACUGUUGAAAAUUCUUUACAAGGGCUUUCCUUUUACUUUUGAUUUCUCACUUUCUUUCAUGCUGAGACAGUGAAUUGCUCUUGCAAUGAAAUGAAUGCACAAGUGUUUGU